AUGGAUCAAACCGGUGAGACCGACAAAUCAAAACGAAUUAGAGUUAGUUGGAAAAACUUGAAUGUGGUGAAAACGUUUGUCGAGGCUUGCAUCCAUGAGAUAUCUGUUAACGGGCGAGAAGGUGGAAGUUUGAAAACAAUUUCAUGGAAAACUGUGUCGGAUGUCCUUAAAGACAGCCAUAACUUGAUUGUUGACCGUAAGCAAAUGAAAAACCAUUAUGACUAUCUCAAGGGGAAAUAUGGAGCAUGGUUACUACUAAGAAACAAAACUGGAAAUAAAAAUAAACACGUGGAAUCUUUGAGAAACACAACAUUACCAUUUCCUGAUCUUUGUGCAAAACUUUUUGAUGAAGCAAUGGCUACGGGGAUAAAAAGUUGGGGUCCGAGCUCGAAUGAACCAAUGCCUAGGGAUGAACCUCACGUGGUUGAGCCUAUUGUCAAUGAAGAAGAACAAGAUUUGGAUAUUCUUGAAUAUACACCCCAACCGUUUUCUACAGCAUCUCAAUCCUCGACAUCUCAAUCCUCGACACCUCAAUCCUCAGCCCAACCUAAGCUUGAUAAAAAGAAGAAGGGUAAAGAAAUGAUGGCGAUCGUUGAAGAAGAAAUAAUUGGCGUUUUGAAGAUAAUGGCUGGAAAACAUCAUUCAAAGGAUCAGAAAUUUGAGGUUCCUACAUUUGAUGAUUGUCUUAAAAAGUUGAAUGAGAUUGGGUGGGAAGAUACUGAUCCGUUGUAUGAUGUUCCACUCGCAAUUUUUUGCGAGCCAAAUGAUCAUUAUAGGCAAGCUUGGAUGAAGAUGAAUGCCGAUAAGUGUGCUAAUUGGGGGGCAAUUAGCGCGCUAGAUGGAACUCUUGUGCAUGCCAUUGUGCCUAUUAACCAACAAACCGCUUAUCGAGGACGAGGAGGAGGUCGGUGCUAUCAAAAUGUAUUAGCCAUAUGCGAUUUCAACAUGAUAUUUACGUUUGUUUGGGCUGGAUGGGAAGGAAUUGCACAUGAUUCUAGAAUAUUAACGGAAGUUGUAUUUAACCCGGCUUCUGGUUUCCCAUUUCCUCCACCUAAUAAAUAUUAUUUGUGUGAUGAUGCAUAUGCAAACACUCGUGGGUUCUUAGCUCCUUUUCGCAAUACAAGAUAUUGGUUAGCGGAUUUUAAACGCCGACGUGCUUUAACUAAGGAAGAAAAGUUCAAUCAUGCACAUGCGCAACUUAGAAAUGUCAUUGAACGUUCUUAUGGUGUCUUGAAAAACAGAUUUCCGAUCUUAAGUAAAAUGGCUCCUUACAAGUUUUCAACACAACGAAACAUGGUAAUUGCUUGUUUUGCGAUCCAUAAUUAUAUUAGAAAAUGGAAAAUUCACGAUCAAUUAUUUUUGGAAGAAGAUAUUUUAGCUAACAGCGAAGUACAGUCUGAAGAGCAAGUUCAAGAACAACUAGAAGAAAAUGCAGAAGAAGAAGUGGAUGGAACACAAUGGGGUACUCAAAGCACUCAAUAUAUGACAAAUUUUCGUAAUGAAAUUGCUAACCGACUAGUAUGA